GCCCGGGCCGGGUAGGAAACGCAGCCUCGGCGGGCGGCGGGAGGAAGCAGCCGCCGCAGCCCCCUUCCCGCGGCCCUGGGCGGCGGGAGCAUGCCGGGCGGGGCUCCCCGGGGCGCCCCGGGCGCCGGCGGCCACCGCGCAGGUGGCCAGGAGUGCUCAGCAUUGGCAUGCUUUCAGAGGCGGAGGCUGGCACGGAGGCCAGGCUACAUGAGAAGCACACCUGGGCCUGGGAUCGGGUUCUUCUCUGCAGGGGCAGACACACCAUUCUGUGUCUCAGCGGGGGAUAGUGGUGAGGUGUUCCAUCAUUCUGCAUCUGGGGCUGGACUAUGUGCUCUUGACUUCAGCAGCCAAUGUCGAGGCCCCUCUUUGGGGAGUCCUGUUUGCAAGAGCUCUCCAGCCUCUUCUGUGGUCUCUGUGGGCCACUUAAGUUGGGCCCAGACCUCUGUGAGCAGAGCAGCUGGGACUCCAGCACACUUUGGGAUUCAGUGUAGAUCUGGCACCAGGCUUACAGACAGGCUGUGCAACUCUGGAGACGCUUGGCUUCAACAGGAGUGUCUGUCCAUGGACAGUGGUGACACCCCAGUCCCUAGCCAGGAUGCAGCUUGCAAUGAAGGAGCAAGAAGCGCUCAGGCUACGGACUCUUCAGCACCAGCAGAAGCGAAUGGCAGCAGCUGCAGGUUCCAGCGUGGCUCCUUUACCCCACCAGCUUCUUCUGAUCCCCACGAAACCUUUGUUUCCAGCUUCAGCUUCAUUCAGCUCUCUCUUGGCUCUGUAGGGGAACGUGGAGAGGCAGAAGGCUGCUUGCCAUCCAGAAAGGCUGAGUCCCCUCAUCGAAGCCACCUGGACAUGGGAGCUGAGGCUGCCUGCUCAGAUAGGCCUCAUGAAGACCAUGAAUGUCUCUCAGUGUCCUUCAGUCCCACAGCUACCCAGGGCUCUACAGACUUGGCCCAGCAGGCAAGAAGCAGCUUCUGGCCAGAGUGGGACAUGCUUUCUUCCCUGGACUUCGACACUGGCUCUUCGCUGGGCCCCAUGCUACCUGGCUGUUGUGACAAGGGCCACAGCUCAGAAGAUGCUCAUGGUUGGGAUGCCCUGCUGAUGAGAUGGGAGCCUGUGCUACAUGACUGUCUGCAGAACAGCUCAAGGCAGCUGGAGGCAGCGUCCUUAAAAUUAAAGCUUCAGAAACUUCAGGAGAAAGCAAUUGAGGAUGAUGAUUAUGAUAAAGCUGAGAUGCUGAGACAGAGAUUGGAAGACCUGGAGCAGGAGCGAGGCCGCCUGUCUGUGGUGCUCCCAUCCCUGCAGCCGGCCCUCAGCAACUUCCUGGGCCACCUGGUGACGCAGGCCCAGGCCACCCUGCACCGAGCUACUCAGCCGGCUGGCAGUGACUGCGCCCCAGUGCUGUUUGGAAGCAAGUCACAGCCCCUGGAGCGCACUGCCCAGGACAGCCUGCAUGAGGCCCUUGCAAGACGGGACCGGCUUCUCCAGGAGAAGCAGCAGCUGCAGAAAGAAGUGGAAGCUCUUCAAGAAAAGAUGUCUGUGCUGGAGGCAAAAGAUCAGCAACUGAGAAGGGAGAUAGAGGAGCAGGAGAGAGAACUCCAGUGGCAGGGAUGUGGCCUGGGGACACUGGUGAUCCAGCUACCGCAGGACCAGCUGCAGGAGAUCAGUGAAGCCCUGAGGGACACUUUGACCUCUGCAAGCCAGAUUUCCUUCCACAUGGAGCCACCAGAAACCAUCCAGAGCCUUCGGAAAAGAAUAAAAGCUCUGAACUUGUCACUGAAAGAAAUCACCACCAAAGUAUGCAUGGGUGAGAGACUCUGCAGCACCCUGAGGAGGAGAGUCAGUGACCUUGAGACCCAGAUUCUGGCAUUGCUUGAAGCCAAAAUGCUUGCCAUAUCAGGAAGCCAUUUCUGCACAGCCAAAGACCUCACGGAGGAGAUUAACACCUUGACCUCAGAGAAAGAAGGGCUGGAGCCCAUCCUGGGCAGGCUGUGGGCACUCAGGUCAAGGACUGCAGAAGAUCUGGCAAAAGCAGUGGAAGACCAUAGCCAGUUGACAUGCGAACUGCAGCGCCAGGAGGCUGUGCACAAAGCAAAUGUGAAGGGAAACACUGUGAAGUACAUGGAGAUGCUUGAGGACAAACUGCUCAGCUGCAAGUGUCCGCUGCUUGGAAGAGUGUGGGAAGCUGACUUGGAGGCUUGUCAGCUGCUGGUCCAGAGCCUGUCUGUUGAAGAUGAGCAGCAGGUGGAUGACACAGAAGCAGCCUCCUGGACAGCCAUCCUAACUGGCCCUCCCAGACCCUCCACUGAAGAUGGGAGGAAGAGCCCUCUGCAGGCGUUCCACGGGUGGAGGGCUCCUCUGACCGCCUGUGUGCCCUGCACUGGAGGUGAAUGGAAGCAGGAAUCUUACAUCUUUUCUGCAGAACUUGGAGAAAAAUGUGAAGCCAUAGGCAAGAAGAUAUUGCAUUUAGAAGAUCAGCUUCAUGUGGCAAUCCAUAGUCAUGAUGAAGACCUCAUUCAGGCUCUCAAGGGGCAGCUCCAGAUGGUGAAGGAGAUGCUGCAGGCCAUGUUUCUGCAGCUCCAGCCAGCAAAGGAGGUGGGAGGAGGAGAAGCUGGGGCCUCUGGCGCAGCAGCUGCAUCCUGGGAAGUACAGCCCUGAAGAGGCCAGGAAAGGCGGUGGUACAUGUGUCAUAAGGAUGGACUCCCCAGUCACGGAUGUGCCUCGCUUAAUCACGGAGACAGAGCCAAGAGUCUCCCAGCAGGAAGUGGGACCCCUUAAUUCUCUUGAACGAAGAGGGGAAGUUUGGAAAUUGGGGUAUUUGAGAGUACGAUUUGCUGGCUUUCCUUCUAAAUGUCACUCAGAAGCUCCUUUCCCAUGUCAUUUGUGAGAGCAUCUUUCCUCUCAUCCCCCACUAGGCAGCUUGGAGUGAAUUCUGCUGGAACCGUAUCUCCUUCCCCAGCACUGUUUUGCUUUCUGCAUCAACUAAAAUAGUUCCUGGAUCAAGAUCUGGUAGAAAGGAAACUGAAUCGAAGACUAGGGUUGCACACCUACUGCUUUCCUAUGAACACGAGAGCCAGGGAGCCCCAGUUUCUGGGGUGACAGCCUCCACCUCACUGUCCCUGUGGCUGACUGCUGUCCUGGGAGACUCACGGGCUACUUCCAGAGGAAGCCUCUUUGGGCACUAGACUCCCUGCCAUGAGCCACCAGCUGGGCUUUUGUGGCAUUGACUACACCUACAACAAGGACUGGCAAAAGGGAGGGAGGCAGUGGGCAGGAGCAUGGAAGGGCCAGAAGGCUGCCCCCUCUGUGACUUUCCCCUUCUGGCUGAAACUGUUUCCAUUGUCUCCAGGCAGUGACAAUGUGGACCCCAGUUCCAGUGCCAGCUCUUCUGGCCCUGCAGGGCCAGGGACUCCUGCUGUGAUGGCUGCAAAGCAAACUGCACACUCGGGCUCACUUCCCCAAGUGGCCCAAGAAAUGUCCUACAAACAUUAGCUAAUUGCCACGGACCAUAACUCCCGCAUGGAGAUCUCUGUGUGCACAUUGGUAUGCCUGUAUUUGGGAGCCAUGCAUAAAAGCCCACUCAAGUGUGUUCAACCCCUAACCCCCCAGCUUGUUUAAUGAACUGUGUAUUCCACCCCACCCCAGUGAUGGGUUGGAGAAUACUGCAGUCUCUGGGAGGUCUUUGUCUGAACACUGACUUACAUCACUGAUUUGUGGGUUAGAGAUCAACCCAACUUUCCUAGCAUGCUGAGCCUGCAGCUACCCACAGUCUGGAAAGUUGCAGUGAGUAAUUGGUCUUUCUGUGCUUCUGUUCUCAUUUAUAUGUGCAGGGAUGGUGAUACCUCUGCCACCAUUGAUAUCCAAGGACAGGUGAUGGUUUUUGUCAUUUCCUGAUCACAUGAUCAUUUCCAGGAGGUGACUGGUGCUUUGCUCAGCCUUCUGUGCUGUGUGACACCUCUGUUCUAUUAAGCAGAAGCUCCUGCUUAAGCCAGCACUUGGCCAGGGGCCAGGCAACAAAGCAAAAGUUCAACAUAUGAACAUGCUGCAUUUUAGAAAACACACUGCAUAUUGGAAUCAUAAGCCUAAUUAAUUUUUUUUGCCAGACUUAAUUUUUCCAUAAUGGACCAAAUUUCUGAAUUAUUUAUAAUCAAGUCUUGGAAGGUACUGGCACCUGGAAUCUUUGUAUCCUUUAAUUUCAGUGAAUCAGUACUAGAAGAAAGUCAGGACUGGCCACAUUGCCAGUAACAAAUUCCUACUUUGGUGUAUGUUUUUGAAUAGCCUCGUAGACACUGGACAUUUAACAGUCACUAACCCAACUAUUUUAUAUUAAUCAGAUACCACUUCAGAAUAAUCUGCGAUGGUGAAGGCUCUGAAAAUUCCAAAGGUUAAUAAUUGCCUCGAGUGUACCCCAGAGAAGGCCCCCUUUGGUCCCUCCAGGAUGGAAUAUCUCCUUCCUUGUUGAGAUUUCUGGUUGAACUUGAGAAUGGAGCAAGAGAAUGAUACUUCGGCCUCAUGCUAUUCCUCGUCCCUCAUUGUCUCUUGGUUUUGGAGAAAGGCUGCUAAGGCCAGGGCUUCCUGUAGCCAUGCCUCCUUCUCAUGACAACCCCACUCUCCUCAAAGUAGAACUCUGGGACCGUGUAUCCCCAGCCCUUCUGCAGGACAAUUUUUGUAAGAGCAACAUAAAAAAAUGCAAGAGAAAUUUGGAUUUAGAUUUAAAAGCAAAACAAUAAAAGCAUAAGCUGUUAUGGAGAUAUCCAUGGCCAUGGCAAAAGUGCAUAUUGAAAAUGUGCCUUACAGUGUGAUUUCAUUGUGAUAUGGCAAAAGAAAGUGACAUAUUACACAUUUUGGUUGGCCACUCCAUCACUGACAGGCUAGUCUUUCCAACAUUGUGAAGUUUUAAGGCUGACCUGCUCUUCCUGAAAUAAAUUAGUACAUAAUAAUGGAGAGUUGUCUUCCUUGCCCUACAGCAAGUGCGAGUUCAGAUCUGUUCCUUAUCAAGGUGAUGUCCUGUAAUCCUUACAUCAUCCUCAGGGGGUGACACCGCAGAUGGUGCUCCUGAACCUAGGGAGGCUAAUUCUCUUGCCCAAGGCUCACAGCAGGAAAGAGACAAGCUGCUGCUACCUUAACUAGUGCUUUUCCUGAAGUGUCUUUAAUGUCCUGUUGGGGGACUGUGAGCUGUGAAACUACUGUUUACACUGUUAAAUGUGCAUGACCACUUGGGAACCUGUCCAGGGAAUAGGAGAAACCAGAGCUAGGGCAGCUCGGCUUCCCAUCCCCCAGGUCAGCCCUACUGGGUGCAGGCAGGCUGCAGCACCUCACCAUCUCCACUACCGUCCUGUCCCAGCUGUUCCCAGGGCCCCAGAAGUUAUCCCAGUUCAAUCACCCACAGCCAGACACGGCAGAUUUUCCUGAAGUUCCUCCUAUAAUCAGUAUUUUGCACCAAACAUCUGUGUACCAGGAAGUCCAUUCUGUAGAGAAAGCAACUAUAUGCUCAUUAGUCAAAGCAUGUGUAUAUAUAAAAUCCAUACUUUAAUUUCUAAUAUCCUCACCUUAUCUAAUCUUUGGAUUUUGUCACGUAAUUUAUUGCUUCAUUAAGUUUACUUUUCUAACAAAAUUAAGUGGUAUCCAAACCACGGUGCUCCUUAAGGAUUUUUGUCUUCUGGAGUGUGGAUGAUAGGAAAAUGUAACAUCAUCUACUUUUUCUGCUACAGGAUGAUUAAUUGUAUGAUGACUUACUUCACACAGAAGAUUUGUAAUAAAGCCGUGCUUUAAUUA